CCUGGGUUUCCGAGCCUGUCCAGGCUUAGGGUGGGGGAGACUUGAAGAGGGCCUGGGGUUAGGACAGCGCAGUCGAGCCCCCACCCCUGGAGGGGAAAGGGGCAACCGACGAGGUUUUGGGGCUACGGGAGGAGACAUGGUGUUGGUGAAGGAGGAAGGGGGAAAGCGUCGCCUUUGACUGGUGUGCGGCGGCUCGGCAGGCUCGGACGCCCCCUCCCCUUCCCGGUGCGGUCUCCUUCAGCUCUCUGCAGUGGAAGUCGGGGCUGGAACCUCCGCGGAACGCUCGCGGACGGCGGGGCAUCUGCGGCGUGCGCUUACUCACGCCGAGAGCCGAUUCUUUUUGGGGAGGGGGCUUCUCCCGGAGUGUCUCCUCCCGGAGCCGGGAAGCUCGUAGGGCUUUUUGUCUCCUCAGCCCCAGCCCCCUCCAGAUGCCUUUUCUCUGCCCCUCCUCGCCUCGCAGAGACAUUUGUGGCGGCGGCGGCUGUUGCUGCUGGCGGCUGCGGAAGCCAGACCCCCGGGGUCCGCGAUCGUUUCUCUCUGAUUCUUUGAGGAGGGACAGGGCUUCCCUUUCCACCAUGAGAUUCUGCUCCUCUGCGGAAAUGUGGUUUCAUUGAUUCCAGCUCAUUUGGGGAAAGAAAAAAAAAAGAAUUAGCGACCUUCCACCAAUUCCCUUGGACUACUCUUUUUUUGUUUCCCCCCAAAUUGCGCUUAAUUUAAAAAACAAAACAAACAAAAAAACCAAAAACAAAACGAACGACAUACACACAUCUGUAAGAUGGAGAAUGAGAUUUUUACUCCACUCCUGGAACAGUUCAUGUCCAGUCCCUUGGUCACUUGGGUUAAAACAUUUGGACCUCUGGCCGCAGGAAGUGGGACCAAUCUGGAUGAAUAUGUAGCCCUGGUGGAUGGUGUAUUCUUGAAUCAGGUCAUGCUACAAAUUAAUCCUAAAUCGGAGAGUCAGCGAAUAAAUAAAAAAGUCAACAAUGAUGCCUCACUUAGAAUUCAAAAUUUAUCUAUUUUGGUGAGACAAAUCAAAUCUUAUUAUCAGGAGACUUUGCAGCAGUUGAUCAUGAUGUCUUUGCCAAAUGUCUUAACCAUUGGCAAAAAUCCCUUUUCUGAACAAGGUACAGAAGAAAUUAAAAAGCUGCUGUUACUUUUACUUGGUUGUGCUGUUCAGUGUCAGAAGAAAGAAGAAUUCAUUGAACGAAUCCAAGGUUUAGAUUUUGACACAAAAGCAGCAGUUGCCGCACACAUUCAACAGGUAACGCACAAUCAGGAAAAUGUAUUUGAUCUCCAGUGGAUGGAAGUGACUGAUAUUUCUCAAGAGGAUCUUGAGCCACUCUUGAAAAAUAUGGCAUUACAUUUAAAAAGACUUAUAGAUGAGAGAGAUGAACACACAGAGACCAUUAUAGAACUCUCUGAGGAACGAGAUGGUAUUCAUUUUCUACCUCACGCCUCAUCAGCACAGUCACCUUGUGGUUCUCCAGGCAUGAAACGGACUGAAAGUAGACAACAUUUAUCAGUAGAACUGGCAGAUGCGAAGGCAAAGAUAAGAAGGCUUAGGCAGGAGUUGGAGGAAAAGACGGAACAAUUGUUAGAUUGUAAACAGGAGCUUGAACAGAUGGAGACAGAACUAAAGAGGCUUCAGCAAGAGAAUAUGAACUUGCUUUCGGAUGCUCGCUCAGCCAGAGUGUACCGAGAUGAAUUGGAUGCACUUCGAGAAAAAGCAAUCAGAGUUGACAAACUUGAAAGUGAAGUCAGCAGAUAUAAAGAGAGGCUGCAUGAUAUUGAAUUUUAUAAAGCAAGAGUUGAGGAAUUAAAAGAAGACAAUCAAGUAUUACUGGAAACAAAAAGUAUGUUAGAAGACCAACUAGAAGGAACCCGCACUCGUUCUGAUAAAUUACAUGAAUUAGAAAAAGAAAACUUACAACUGAAGGCCAAACUACAUGAUAUGGAGAUGGAACGUGAUAUGGAUAGAAAAAAGAUUGAAGAACUAAUGGAAGAAAAUAUGAGUUUGGAAAUGGCGCAGAAACAAAGUAUGGAUGAGUCAUUACAUCUUGGCUGGGAAUUGGAACAGAUAUCAAGAACUAGUGAACUCUCAGAAGCACCACAAAAAUCUCUGGGUCAUGAAGUGAAUGAAUUAACAUCAAGUAGGUUAUUGAAGUUGGAAAUGGAAAAUCAGAGUUUGGUGAAGACAAUAGAAGAGCUUCGAAAUGCUGUGGAUUCUGUAGAAAGCAGUAAUUCCAAAAUUUUGAAAAUUGAAAAAGAAAACCAAAGACUUAGUAAGAAGCUGGAAGGUCUUGAGAAUGAAAUUAUUCAAGAAAAACAAAGUCUUCAAAAUUGUCAAAAUCUGAGCAAAGAUCUAAUGAAGGAGAAAGCGCAGCUGGAAAAAACCCUUGAAACGCUUCGAGAAAAUUCAGAAAGACAGAUUAAAAUACUGGAACAAGAAAAUGAGCAUUUGAAUCAAACUGUAGCAUCCCUAAGGCAGCGAUCACAAAUAAGUGCUGAAGCAAGGGUGAAAGACAUUGAGAAAGAAAAUAAAAUCCUACAUGAAUCUAUUAAAGAAACAAGCAGCAAAUUAAACAAGAUUGAAUUUGAAAAGAGACAAAUUAAAAAAGAAUUGGAACAUUACAAAGAAAGAGGAGAAAGAGCAGAAGAACUUGAGAAUGAGUUGCAUCAUCUUGAAAAGGAAAAUGAAUCAUUACAAAAAAAGAUAACUAAUCUAAAAAUUACCUGUGAGAAAAUUGAGACCUUAGAGCUAGAAAAUUCUGAACUGGAAGUGGAAAACAGAAAGUUGAAAAAGACAUUAGAUAGCUUAAAAAAUUUUACUUUUCAACUAGAAUCCUUGGAGAAAGAAAAUUCUCAACUAGAUGAAGAGAACUUGGAAUUAAGGAGGACAGUGGAAUCUUUGAAAUGUGCAAGCAUGAAAAUGGCUCAACUACAGUUAGAAAAUAAAGAACUGGAAAGUGAAAAAGAACAACUUAAGAAGGGUUUAGAGCUCAUGAAAGCUUCUUGCAAGAAAACCGAACGUUUGGAAGUUAGCUACCAGGGUUUAGAUACUGAAAACCAAAGACUGCAGAAAGCUCUAGAGAAUAGUAAUAAAAAAAUUCAGCAAUUAGAAAGUGAAUUACAAGAAUUAGAAACAGAAAAUCAGACACUGCAGAAAAAUCUUGAAGAGUUAAAAAUAUCUAGUAAACGGUUAGAACAAUUGGAAAAGGAAAACAAACUAUUAGAGCAAGAGACUUCUCAACUAGAAAAAGAUAAGAAACAACUGGAAAAAGAGAAUAAACGACUCCGACAACAGGCAGAAAUUAAAGAUAUCACGUUGGAAGAAAAUAAUAUUAAAAUUGGAAAUCUCGAAAAGGAAAACAAAAGUCUUUUCAAGGAAAUAGGUGUGUUUAAAGAAUCCUGUAUCCGUCUCAAGGACCUAGAGAAAGAAAACAAAGAACUUGUGAAAAGAACAACCAUUGACAAAAAAACUCUUAUUACUUUACGUGAGGAUUUGGUGAGUGAAAAAUUGAAGACUCAACAAAUGAAUAAUGAUCUAGAAAAACUUACUCAUGAACUUGAAAAGAUAGGGUUAAAUAAAGAACGUCUCCUGAGUGAUGAACAAAGUACUGAUGAUAGUAGGUACAAGCUUUUGGAGUCAAAAUUAGAGUCCACACUAAAGAAAUCCUUGGAAAUAAAGGAAGAAAAAAUUGCUGCUUUGGAAGCUCGAUUAGAAGAAUCAACUAAUUUUAACCAGCAACUGCGCCAAGAACUUAAAACAGUGAAAAAAAAUUACGAAGCUCUUAAACAAAGGCAAGAGGAAGAAAGAAUGCUGCAGAAUUCUCCUCCAAGAUCUGGUGAUGAUACUAAAUGGGAAAGAGAAAGUCAAGAGACAACUAGAGAGCUUUUGAAGGUUAAAGACAGGUUAAUUGAGGUGGAGAGGAAUAAUGCUACCCUGCAAGCAGAGAAACAAGCAUUGAAAACUCAAUUGAAGCAACUUGAGACACAGAACAAUAAUCUACAGGCCCAGAUUCUUGCACUUCAGCGGCAGACUGUUUCUUUACAGGAACAAAAUACUACCCUUCAGACUCAGAAUGCUAAGCUUCAGGUGGAAAACUCUACCCUUAAUUCCCAAAAUACCUCACUUAUGAACCAGAAUGCCCAAUUAUUGAUUCAGCAGUCUGCGUUGGAAAAUGAAAAUGAAUCUAUAAUCAAAGAAAGAGAAGAGCUUAAAUCUCUGUAUGACGCACUGGUCAAAGACCAUGAAAAAUUGGAAAAUCUUCAUGAACGUCAGGCUUCUGAGUAUGAGUCGCUCAUUGCCAAACAUGGAACACUAAAGUCUGUACACAAAAAUCUUGAGAUGGAACAUAAGGACCUUGAAGAUCGCUAUAACCAGUUGCUGAAACAGAAAGGACAGUUGGAAGAAUUGGAAAAAAUUCUCAAAGUUGAGCAAGAGAAAAUGAUGCAAGAAAAUAAGAAACAUGAAACUGUAGCUGCAGAAUACAAGAUACUUCGAGGUGAAAAUGAUAGGCUGAGUCACACAUAUAAUCAACUCCUGAGAGAGACAGAAGUUUUACAAACUGACCAUAAGAAUUUAAAGAGCCUAUUAAACAAUUCCAAAUUGGAGCAGACAAGAUUAGAAGCUGAAUUUUCAAAGCUAAAGGAACAGUACCAACAGCUGGAUAUUACAUCCACUAAACUGAAUAACCAAUGUGAGUUACUUAGCCAGCUUAAAGGAAACUUAGAAGAAGAAAACAGACAUCUACUAGAUCAAAUUCAGACAUUAAUGCUCCAAAAUAGAACACUAUUGGAACAGAAUAUGGAAAGCAAGGAUCUUUUUCAUGUUGAACAAAGACAGUACAUUGAUAAAUUAAAUGAAUUAAGACGACAAAAAGAAAAAUUAGAAGAAAAGAUUAUGGAUCAGUACAAAUUUUAUGACCCAUCACCUCCCAGAAGGAGAGGCAACUGGAUUACUUUAAAAAUGAGGAAACUUAUAAAAUCUAAGAAAGAUGUUAAUCGGGAACGUAUGAAGUCUCUAACAUUAACACCCACACGUUCAGAAUCCAGUGAAGGAUUUCUUCAGCUACCCCAUCAAGACAGUCAAGAUAGUUCAUCAGUGGGUUCAAAUUCUCUAGAAGAUGGCCAAACCUUGGGGACCAAGAAAAGCAGCAUGGUUGCACUGAAAAGACUGCCCUUUUUGAGGAACAGACCGAAGGAUAAAGACAAAAUGAAGGCCUGCUACCGUCGCUCCAUGUCCAUGAAUGACCUGGUGCAAUCCAUGGUCCUAGCAGGAGGACAAUGGACAGGUAGUUCUGAGAAUUUGGAGGUUCCUGAUGAUAUUUCUACGGGUAAAAGGAGAAAAGAAUUGGGAGCUAUGGCCUUCUCUACUACAGCUAUCAACUUUGCAGCUGUCAACUCUUCUACAGGCUUCAGAUCCAAGCAAUUGGUUAAUAAUAAAGAUACCACAUCAUUUGAAGAUGUAAGUCCACAAGGUAUUAGUGAUGAUUCUAGUACGGGAUCAAGAGUUCAUGGAGUACUGGACAUUAAAUGUGCAGACGCUCAUACUCCUCCUGUUCGUGGCAUCGCUACAAUGUGCAGGGUUCCUUGUCAGAUCUGUUCUUCCAGGCCAGCCAGCCUUGAUAGUGGUAGAACAUCCACUAGUAAUAGCAAUAAUAAUGCUUCACUCCAUGAUGUCAAAGCAGGUGCAGUUAAUAGUCAAAGCAGACCACAAAGCCACAGCAGUGGAGAAUUUAGCCUACUUCAAGAACAUGAGGCAUGGUCCAGUAGUAGCAGCAGUCCAAUCCAGUACUUGAAACGAUAUACCAGAUCAAGUCCUGUGCUCCAGCAUAAAAUGCCCGAAACAUUAGAUAGCCGAGCACAUCACAAGAUGAAAAUUGGUUCCCCUGGGAGUGAAGUGGUUACUCUACAACAGUUUUUAGAAGAAAGCAACAAGCUUACCUCAAUACAGAUGAAGUCUUCAAGCCAAGAAAAUCUUUUAGAUGAAGUAAUGAAAAGUUUAUCUGUCUCCCCUGACUUUAUGGGAAGAGAAAAGGCAGUUAGCUGUGGUCUUGUUAGGUCAAUAAGUGGAAAAACCAUAGCUGACUUCUCUGAUGGACGGUCAACUAAGGCUGAACAGUUUGUAAGGCCUAGUCCUCGAAAGACUGAAGAUUCUUACUUCGUUAGUUCUCCAGGAAAAUCUACAUCAAGCACUCAAGGAAAGGUCAAGUUAAUAAAAGAAACCUUUAUAUCACAACGACAAUCAAAAGAUAGUAACCCUUAUGCUACUUUACCUCGUGCAAGCAGUGUGAUCUCUACAGCUGAGGGGACUACUCGAAGGACAAGCAUUCAUGACUUUUUGUCCAAGGACAGUAGACAGCCUGUGUCAAUUGAUCCAUCACCAACUACAGCUGAUAACAUCCCAUCAACAUCUAGUGAGUACUGUGUACACCAACAGCCCCUUGAUUUAUUUUGCAGUUCCACAAAUACUAUAGAUUCCCAUUCACAAAGUGGUUUAAUCACAGAUACGCAUUCAACCUAUGUCAUGUCUACCUCUGCUCAAACUAGAAAUUCAAAAAUUGAAAGGUCAAAUUUUCAUGACAAAACCUUUGCAACCAUUAAUGUGUGUAGUGAUACAGUGGGAAUAUCAGCUAGUGAAAGUGCAGCACCCUUUUCUGUUACUCAGAUAGCCCAGCCAUUUUUAUCCCUGAAUACAGAAUUAGUUAGUAACAUAAGUGGGUUGCCCCAAAGACCAGCCAUCCAAACUAAUGAUCAGACAUUUGUCUCAUCACUUAAAGCUGUACAGAAAGAUAAUGAACAGCCUUCUGAGAAUCAGAAGUCUAGUAAUAGUAACCCACAGUCUUGUCUAAAUAGCAGUGAAAUUACUACUCUUUCAUGUCUAAAUCCUGGUGAGACAGAACCCCCAUUAUUGGUCUCUGAAGAUAAUCAGACUGUUUGGUAUGAAUAUGGUUGUGUAUGAUAAAAAACACAGAAUUUGAAAUGUAUGUCAUUUCAUGUGCUUUGUGUGAUCUAUUACCUAAUUUAGGAAGCUUUUGUGGUUAGGUUUACGUUUUAUUUUUGAAUGGUGGUAUCGUGCUUAGCAUGUGUAUGAAUGUAAAAUUGUAACCAUACCAAAGCUUGCAUGAAAUAUUAAUUGCACUGUAUAUUUUUGCAUGCCUUUGCCAGCCUUAACAAUCCAAGCUUAAUGUUUCAUAUUUUUGUUUAUCAUAUGACAAAAAUAUUUUGUUACCUUUGUUUUACCUAGAGCAUGUUAAAGAAAUUGCAUGCCAUGCUACAGAGAAGGAACCUCUGAACUAAAUUUCAGCAAAAGAAAUUGUAUUCUCCUUUUUUUGUUGCAUUAUCUAUAUAUACUUUAUACAAAUAAGUCAGAAGAUUCAUUUUCUCUUUUAUUGUAGAAUAUACAUAUUUCAUCUUGCACAUGUACAGUACUAAUGAGAAAAAUAUAUAGGGAGAUUUCCAAGUCUUUUACUAGUUAUUUAUGAUAUAUGUCUUGUCAUUUUGCUUUUUGUGCAAAUUAUAGUUAAUUCAAACAACUAGUUUGCAUUGCAAAUAUGAAACACAGGAUCCAUAUUUAUAAACAUUGUUCAAAUUUGAGGCAUUGUUAACACUCAAACAUGAAUGAGUUUUUUGAGUGCUUAAUAAAAUUAAUUAUAACUAGGAACUUUUUCCUUAAUUUUUUUUCCUACUCUUUCAGUCCUCUCUGGUGUAUAGAAUUGCUCAAUACUAUUAUUUCUGUUUAAGAUGAAUUUUUCCAUAGAAUCAAACAGUACAAUAACUUUCUUUACUUUUCUAGUAUAAUAAUGAUAAUAAACAGUCAACAUUGUGGUGGAAUUCUUACUUUUGCUAAUAUUGAAAAACAUAUAAGUUAGAAAAUGGAGGAAAAGAAGUCUUCAGAGUUUAUAGCUCUAUGAUCACUAUUUCAAAUAAAAUAUUUGUUAGUAAAAUGAAGAUUUUGAAAAUUUUUCAAUAUUUAUGUUUAAACCUCUAAAAUUAUAAUUCAGAGUUUUAAUAUUACCUUCUUUGUGCACAGUAUGAUUUCUUAUAUUUAAGUAUAUGCUAGCAAGUUUUUGUGGGAUUUUUUUUUCUGUAGAAAGAGUUUGAGAAAAAUUACUUGUUAAGUCCUAUAACUCAGGUACAGCAUGUCUUUGAAAGUAGAGCCAGUCAAAUUUGUUCUUCUUUAAUAGAUAAAUGUUUUAUUGUUUUUUUUCAACAUGUCUGUCACUUCCCAAUGACUUCUCUCACACAGAAUAGAAUGCUCUCUUAUAACAAAGAUGUAAAGGUUAAAAAAACCCCACAAAUCAACACUUUGGUCAUAUCUGACAAACUAUGUAUGCCUCUAUCCAUAUUGGUAAUCUGCCACCUCUUUGUCAGACUUCCUCUGAAGUAAAUUUGGUCAUUGAUAUCUUUCA